AUGCACAGUCGAAAGAAGAAGAUUAAACGACACGACGUGGUCUACGACAAUACUGAUAGAGAUUCGAUCCCCAAGAGGGGAUAUUAUUCGGAACUGGUAUCUAAUAUGACGAAAGAAGAUGCCUCAAGGCAGGUCUUCGCUAAGAAACGUAUGAAAUUACUUCUCCAGGCAAAGACGGAUAAACUGGCACCCAUGGUGAUGUCACUGCCAAAGCCGCAAAAACCAAAGAUCCUGCUGCCCCCCGGACGCUGGACGACAUAUAACGAAGAAGAUAGCAUACAAUUUCCAUUUGAGACGUUCGUGCCAAAACUUCAAUUUUUGAGCGUCGUACUGCCAAAGGAAUUGCCAAGACUAGUCAAGAUCGAAAGACUGCGUAGGAAAUUCUUAGCGGCCAAUAUAAAGAAAAUGCUUCGAGAACGCGACAUACAACCCUACCUGAUAAUGCCUCCAUCCGAAUAUCCUCUAACGGACGAAGUAUAUUAUGGACUGUACAGUCCAUUUCCGAAAAUGGACUUGGAGUUAUUCGAUAACAUCGAAUUUGACUGUAGAAUACCAGAAGAAUGGUUAGGUCUUGGUAAUAUAGAAGGGGAACAGUACCCUUGCCCGGGUCUAGCGUUUAUACCCAAACAGGACAAUAAACCAAACAAACCAUCGACAGAUACGAUACAAAUCCUUAAUAAUUUAUAUGAAUGGACGAAUGUAGCUGCCUUCAGCUAUGACAAAAAUACCGAUAAAUGGGAAGUGAUGGCGUUGGACGGAUCGAAACGACAUUUCAACAUUCCUCGUAUAAGAUUGAUGUUCAAAGCUGAUGAUCCCGACACGUUCGCUGAAAGAGUGAAGUUUGCAGUGAAUUUGCGGAAAGAAGUGGAGAACAAUUUUAGAUUUUAUUUAUACUUGGAUUGUUUGAUCCUGGAUGGCUUACCGAGGAUACCCUUAAACUAUAUGCCGAAUAUCAUGAAGUUGGUUCUCAUCCAUCGCCAAGCGAAGGACGUUGAUGAAGAUCAUCUUCAGGGUUUAAAACAAGAGGCUGAACUUUUGUACAGGAAAAUUGAAGGCAAAAUGAAAAUAAUAAAUACUAUAAAAAAAUAUCCGAGGCUAUACAACUUCAUAAACCCGCCUAGCAAGGACUACGAGCCGCCGAUACCAGAUUAUGGGCGCUACCCGUGUGAAAUGAUAGAUUUUUCCGGAAGAGUGAAGUUCAAUCAGUGGAACUCUCUCUACGUUCUCACAGAAUCCGUGUCCUGCAUUCAUUUAGUGGUAGACGAAUGCCUUAAGGUCGAGUCGAUGUUGUUCUUUACAACAAACUAUGGUCGUAAUGUAAGUCUCGCAGAAUUUGAUGCGGCGCAACAACAUUGUACGUCUAUGAUGCUUAAAUACCUCAACAUAACCUGGUUGAAUUCAACAGCGCAUGCGAUACGAAUGUCUUACAGGGAUGUUGGUAAAGGAUGGUUUAAUAUUUACGAAAAGAGCUGGGAAUUCUACGGUAUAAGUAAGCUGUGCAGAUUUAUGCAGCUCGUCAGAUUCAGAAUGCAGUAUGCUUUACGCUUUUGCAUCGAACAAUCCAUGGCGAUGUUCGUCAAUCUCUGCGAAACGCCAUGUCUGUGUACGUACUGGUGUGAGGAGGACUAUGAAUGGGAUUCGAGUGACCUCAUCAAUACUCCCUUCCGUUCGUCAGCUCCGACACUCUUCUACUUUCACCUCAUGAUGUCAGCUGACGGUCCUUACUAUACAACGCCACCGGAUCAGUUUGAAGUCGUUAUUCAGCGUCUUUUUCGUGAGAUGUUAUAUCGCUGCCAUUUCAUACCGCAAGUUCACCCGAAGAUUAUGACUGGCCUUGUAUUUGAUAAGGAAUUGUUCCUGACUUCCAUUGGUCUCAUGGAGCCAAAUGUUGUGGAAUACAGAGAACGGCUACUGAAGGCAUACAGGAAGGCGAUCAUACCCUUACUAGCAUACAUGCGUCAAUACGAAUGCUAUAAGGACAUUUAUAUGUUGAAUAUUGAAGAAUAUGUCGAGAAUUUUCGACAAGAAAAACAUGCUGCAUCUGAAACAAAAGAGGAAGUCCAGGUGCACUACGAUGCGAAGCAAGAUUUGAUCUGGCGACUCCCCCAGUAUAUUAAUAUAGGACCAUUCGCAAUAAACGUUGAUACAUUGAAGCAAAUGUUAGUAACGAAGCGAUCCGAUAUAAUUAAAGCGUUACUAACAAUGUGGUCGGAAGAAGUACGUCUCGUAGUUGAGGAUGUAAUUCAAGCAUACAAAAAUAUAAUGAGAAAAUUAGGUGAAAAACCCAAUACGAUAGAACACGUUUUCGAGAUAAGAGAAUGGAUGGAGUCUAUACCAUUUGGGUUGAAAACUCAGGAAGAUAUAAUGAAAAAAGUUCACACAGAUUAUGAAGUACUGGAUGUGUUUUUUACUCCACUUGAAAAUGAAGACUUUAAAGCACUAUGGGAAGCUAUUGGAUGGCCAUUGAAUAUUAAUAAGCAGGUGGUUGCAACGACAGAGUUCUUAGAAGAAGAACAAGAGAAGUUCUGGAAACUUCAUCAACAAGAUGAACAAACUCUGUCUGAUAAAAUCGACAUGUUUACAGCUCAAUGUAUGGCCCUUACAUUACAGAAUGAUUUUGGAAAGGUACAUGAAAUAGCCAAUGAUAUAAAAAAAGCUUGGAAAGGUAUGAAAGAAUCACAGGAUUGGGGACGCGUGCUCAAUCAGAGACAGAAAUUGUUUGGGCAACCAGUUGUUCCUUUCGCAGAUCUCAAUCGUUUAGUAAAAGAAUUCGAACCAUAUAGAAACUUAUGGGUAACUGCGUCUGAUUUCCUAAAGUCUCGUGAAGUGUGGUUCGACAACCCCCUCAUUUAUGUAGAUGCGGAUUCAAUCGAACCAGCGAUCAAUGAAUAUUACAAGACAAUUGUCAAAUGCAUACGCGUUUUUGCUGAUCUACCCAAAGUACAACAUGUGGCAUUGACAAUACGAGAUGACAUGGACGAGUUUAGACCAUUGAUUCCCGUUAUCCAAGCUGUCCGAAAUCCAGGAAUGAAAGAACGUCACUGGAAUGAAUUUAUGGAGAAAUCAGGAAUAACAGUGACAAUGAAUGAGAAACAAACCUUCGCAAUGUGUCUUAAACAAGGCGUGGCGCAACACGCUGAAAUGAUUGCUGAAAUUGGUGAAUUGGCAAGUAAAGAAUACGUAAUAGAACAAUCUCUUGACAAGAUGCUCGCGGAUUGGGCAACUAGAGCUAUGGAAAUGACACCUUAUAAGACAACUGGUACGUUCAUAAUGAAGAUAGCAGAUGAAACACUUCAGCUAUUGGACGAGCACUUACUAGCGACGCAACAGCUUGGCUUCAGUCCGUUCAAAGCGGCAUUCGAGCUUCGAAUUCAAGAGUGGGAUGAUAAACUUCGAUUAACGCAGAAAGUUGUGGAUGAAUGGAUUGAAUGUCAGAAAGAAUGGAUGUAUUUAGAGCCAAUUUUCACCUCUGAAGAUAUAUCACGACAAUUACCUCUGGAAGCUAAAAAAUAUGGCACAAUGGAGAGGAUUUGGAGAAGAAUCAUGUCUGCAGCGGCUGCGUGCCCAAAGAUCAUGUUGAUAUGUCCAGAUAGCCGUCUAUUAGACAGUCUAGUGGAAGCUCGACACUUGCUCGCUGUCGUGUCUCGAGGACUUAAUGAAUACAUGGAACUUAAGCGUCUAAGAUUCCCUAGAUUCUUCUUCCUCAGUGAUGACGAACUUUUGGAAAUAUUAUCCCAGUCUCGUAAUCCAAGAGCUGUUCAACCUCAUCUAAGGAAAUGCUUUGAGAACAUUGCUAAGGUAACCUUUGAACCGGACUUGAAAAUCACUCAUAUGCACUCAAGCGAGGGUGAGAUCGUCGAGCUUAAAUACAAAUUUUAUCCCAGCACUAAUGUCGAACAAUGGCUACUCCUUUUAGAGGAUACUAUGAGACAUUCGAUACGACUAACGCUGGUAUCGUCUAUGGAAGAAAUAUGGACACUUCCACGAGCUGAGUGGGUACUACGUUGGCCUGGACAAGUAGUGAUUGCAGGUUCUCAAACAGCUUGGACGGCUGGAGUUGAAGAGGCAAUUUCUGAUUACCGUAUGGAUCUAUAUUUUGAAGAAAUGUUACGACAGUUGGACAGCUUACGUGCACUAGUAAAGGGUGAAUUGACAUUCUUCCAACGAGAAGUUCUCUGUGCAUUAAUCGUAAUCGAAGUGCAUGCAAGAGACGUGACAAGGACAUUAGUCGAUGAAAACGUUAAAAAUGUUACCGAUUUUCAAUGGAUUUGCCAACUAAGAUACUAUCAAAUAAUUAAAGAUAUGAGACCUCUAGAAGAAGAUGAGUCACCGGAAAUAUAUCAAACCGAAGAGCGUUUGGACACGUCAAUGUACUACCGGCAAUUUAGCCAAAACUAUUGCGACGUUCGAGCUUUGAACUCUAUAUUUACAUAUCAAAACGAAUAUCUAGGAAACAGUGGUCGUCUUGUGAUCACUCCAUUGACCGAUCGUUGCUAUCUGACGUUGAUGUGCGCGAUGCAUUUGAAAUUCGGCGGUGCUCCCGCCGGACCAGCUGGAACUGGCAAAACGGAGACUACUAAGGAUUUAGCAAAAGCAUUAGCGGUACAGUGUGUAGUGUUCAACUGUUCCGAUCAACUCGACUUCAUGGCUAUGGGAAAAUUUUUCAAAGGACUCGCAGCGUCGGGAGCUUGGGCGUGUUUCGACGAAUUUAACAGAAUAGACAUCGAAGUUUUGUCAGUUGUCGCUCAACAGGUGGUCACGAUACAAAAGGCUCAAGUGGCGCGCCAAGAAAAAUUUAUAUUUGAAGGUUGCGAGUUGCCCCUUAAGGCUUCUUGUUCGGUUUUUAUUACCAUGAAUCCUGGAUACGCAGGCCGAACUGAACUGCCCGAUAAUCUAAAGGCACUCUUCCGACCAAUUGCAAUGAUGGUACCAGACUAUGCACUAAUAGCAGAGAUAUCAUUGUUCUCGUAUGGUUUCUUCGAAGCGAAGAUUUUAGCUGGAAAGAUAACGACAACGUUUAGACUUAGUUCUGAACAAUUGUCAUCACAGGAACAUUACGAUUUUGGCAUGAGAGCUGUGAAAACCGUGAUCCUUGUAGCUGGUAAUCUUAUCCGUCAAAUGCCCGACGGUGACGAACGACAAAUUGUUCUGCGAGCUUUGCGUGAUGUUAAUGUACCGAAAUUUCUCGCUGAUGAUUUAGUUCUUUUCAAUGGAAUUAUUUCUGAUCUCUUUCCGCGUGUGGAAAUACCUGUAGUGGACUAUGGUAUCAUGGAGCAGUCAAUACGGAACAUGUUGAUCAAGAAAGGCUAUGACGAUCUUUAUACUUUUAUAUUUAAAAUCAUUCAAUUAUAUGAGACGACAGUAGUCCGUCACGGUUUAAUGUUGGUUGGACCUGCUGGUGCUGGAAAAACUAAGUGCUAUGAAUUCCUCCGAGACGCCUUAACAGCUAUUAAAGGGAAAUUAGCUCCAGACGGCUUCCCUUUCACGCCAGUACAUACUUUCGUCGUUAAUCCGAAAUCCAUAACAAUGGGACAGCUUUACGGAGAAUUUGAUCUACAAACUCACGAAUGGACGGACGGCAUACUGUCGAGUUUAGUCCGUGCUGGUAUAGCGGUCGAGGAUACGGACAAAAGAUGGUAUGUGUUUGAUGGUCCCGUUGAUGCCGUGUGGAUUGAAAAUAUGAACACAGUAUUAGACGACAAUAAAAAGUUAUGUUUAUCAAGCGGAGAAAUAAUGAAGCUGACGGAUAGACAGAGAAUGAUAUUCGAAGUAGCUGAUCUGGCUGUAGCGUCUCCAGCCACUGUAUCGCGCUGUGGUAUGGUGUACCUUGACACACAAGUUGUAGGUCUGCCACCUCUUGUUAACGCUUGGAUGAAGAGCAAUUUACCGUCGAUUGCUGAUAAUAUUCGAAAAAUCCUCCCAAAUUUAAUAACAACUUACUUGUAUCCGGCUUUAAGUCUCGUACGAUCAAAAUUAACCGAAAUCGUAACAUCGAUAGAUUCAUCUUUAGUACUAAAAUUCUUGGAACUCUUGGACUAUAGAUUGAGACCUCUCACCGGUAAAGAUGAUAGACCGCCUCCUGGAGCUCCCUUCUUAGCUAUGAUGCCGAAAUUGGCUCCCUGUUGGGUGAUAUGGUCAGUUAUAUGGUCUGUGGGUGCAACUUGCGAUCACAAUGGACGGACAAUCUUCUCUAAUUUUAUGAGAGAGCUCAUGCAGGAAAACGGUACAAAACCACUGUUCCCCAAAGAAGGCAGAGUAUACGAUUACACUUUACACGAUGGUGGUUUCACUGACCCAACUGAUGAUGGCGAACCCGCUAAUCCAUAUUGGUAUAACUGGAUGGAUAAUCUUGAAGAGUAUGAAGUUGACCCUGAGUGGCAAUAUGCAGAUAUCGAAGUUCCAACAUUAGACAAUGUCCGUUGCGCAGCUCUCCUCGGCUACAAGAUCACCAACUACAAUCACGUCAUCUGCGUCGGUCCGACCGGCACUGGAAAGACUGUUACGAUAUCAUCAAAACUAUCGCGAGGGUUACACAAGAAGUUCAUUUGUGAAUUUCUCGUAUUUUCUGCUAGAACGUCCGCGAAUCAGACACAGGAUGUAAUAGACAGUAAACUAGAGAGACGAAGGCGUGGAGUAUUUGGUCCACCGCCAACGAAGCGACAAGUCUUCUUCAUAGAUGACCUCAAUAUGCCUGCGUUAGAAGUUUAUGGUGCUCAACCACCAAUCGAACUUCUACGUCAAUUUAUGGAUUUUUCUGGCUGGUACGAUCGCACCAACAUUGGUGAAUUCAAGACUCUAAUAGAUGUUGGCAUGGUGGCUGCCAUGGGUCCCCCCGGUGGAGGUCGUAAUCCGGUUACAAUGCGCUUGAUGAGGCAUUUCCAUUAUAUAACCUUUACUGAAAUGGAAUAUAGUAGCAAGUAUGGUAUUUUUAAUACAAUUCUAAAAUCAUGGACGAGAAAUUUCAAGGAUGUCACUAUAAAUGAGAACUCAUUCCUUAAAAGUUCCAUUGAAGUUUUCAAUUGUCUGGUAGAGGAACUCUUACCAACACCAACAAAAUCUCAUUAUACUUUCAAUCUCCGAGAUCUCAGCAAAGUGUUCCAGGGUAUACUGAUGGUGGAUCCCCUAAAUGUGAAGGAAGAAAACGAUGUAAUACGGCUUUGGUAUCAUGAACAUCAGCGCGUAUAUCAAGAUCGACUUGUUAAUAAUGAAGACCGGACUUGGUUUACUAAUUUGCUAAAUAAAAAGAUUCGUACCGAGUUUAAUAAAAAACCAAAUGAUGUGAUCGGUGGAAGAUUGAUGCUGUUCGGUGAUUUCAUGGACAUCGGAGCUGAUGAUAAGAAAUAUGUCGAGAUUACGGAUAAAGAAGAACUGGAUGAAGUCCUGGCUCAUUAUCUAAACGAAUACAAUCUAGCAUCGACCGCACCACUGGAUCUCGUUCUGUUUGAGGAUGCCGUGGGGCACCUUUGUCGCUUGGCACGUAUCAUGAGGCAGCCUAUGGCUAAUGCCCUUCUCUUGGGUAUGGGAGGAUCUGGUCGCCAGUCCUUAUCCCGCCUCGCAGCCAGCAUGGCGGAACUGCAAUGCAUGCAAAUUGAAAUAACCAAAGCUUACGGUCAGGUCGAAUGGCGCGACGAUCUCAAACACACCAUGAUGAAAGCCGGUGCUGAAAAUCGUGGAAUUGUUUUCCUGUUCUCCGACGCCCAAAUAAAAAUGGAAUCAUUUCUCGAAGACCUGAACAAUAUACUGAGUUCAGGCGAUGUUCCGAAUAUAUAUGAAGCUGAAGAUUUGGACUCCAUAUAUAUGUCUGUACGUCACGCAGUCAUGGAAAUGAAUUUAGCAGCGACUAAAACUAAUCUGUUCGCUUGCUAUCAACGUAGAGUUCGGAGCAAUUUACACAUUGUUGUAGUCAUGAGUCCUGUUGGCGAAAUCUUCAGAGCUCGUCUCCGCCAGUUUCCCUCCCUUGUGAAUUGUUGCACUAUCGACUGGUUCAGUGAGUGGCCGAAAUCCGCCCUCCAAUCCGUGGCGACACACUUUUUCAAUAACAUGUUGGAACUGCAGACCACUGAUGAAGUUAUCGAAUCUCUAGUUUCUGUUUGCUGCUUCGCACACCAGAGUGUGGUGGAUGCGAGUGCCAAAUUCUUGGCUCAACUAAAUCGCCUCAAUUACGUGACUCCUAUGUCUUACAUGGAGAUGUUAGCAGCUUACGCGGAAAUGUUUAGAAAGAAACAGAAGGCUAUACUCAUGGAAUCCAACGCUCUAAAAACAGGUCUAAAUAAACUAAAUCAAACUGAAGUUGAAGUGAAGCAGCUUCAAAUUGAAUUAGCUGAACUGAAGCCAUUGAUGGAAAAAGCUGCUGAUGAAACCAAGAAAGUGAUUGACCAGAUAGCAAUAGAUACAGAAAUAGCCGAAGACGCUAGAAUUAAAGUAGAGAAAGAGCAAGCGAUCGCGGAACUGAUGGCUAAGGAAACAACUGCUAUGGCUGAAGAUGCACAGAGAGAUUUGGACGAAGCAAUGCCAGCACUAAGAGCAGCUGAAAAAGCCCUGCAAGAAUUGAAUCGUAAUGACGUCGUUGAAGUUAAGGCAAUGAAAAAACCACCAGCCGGUGUAGUUCUUGUGAUAGAAUCACUUUGUGUGGUAUUCGAUAUCAAGCCUAUUAAGGAACCUGGAGCAUCAUUUGGUCAAAAAGUGCUGAACUACUGGAAGCCAGGGUCACAGAUGUUAGCGGAUCCAACUGCAUUUCUGGACUCGUUGAUGAAAUAUGACAAGGAAUCAAUUACAGAAGACAUGAUAAAGAAACUAAAGAAAUACGUUAGCGACCCUAACUACGAGCCAGUCAAGAUAUCGAAGGUGUCAAAGGCGUGCAUGUCUCUGUGCAUGUGGGUGCAUGCUAUGUAUAAAUUUUAUCACGUGAAUAAAGCUGUAGCUCCUAAGAAGGAAGCUCUUGAACGAGCUACAAAAGAACUAGCAGCAGUCGAAGCUGUAUUGGCGAACGCAAGAGCAAAAAUGCAAGCGCUUCUAGAAGGUAUCGCGAAAUUGAAUGCUUAUCUGCAAGAGAAGGAAGACGAGAAGCGUAAGAUGGAAGAAGAUAUAAAUCAAUGCUUGGCAAGGAUGGAUCGAGCUAAUAGAUUAUUGAAUGGUUUGUCAAGUGAACGAGUUCGCUGGAUACGGACGAUAAAAGAGCUGGAUGUCGGUCAAGUGUAUCUCAUUGGAGAUAUCAUGUUGAGCGCUUGUGCUGUGGGCUACAUCACGCCGUUUACAGAUGAAUUUCGUCGAGAGCUACUUUCGCAGUGGAUAAAACAUAUUGUGGAUGUGAAAGUACCUCAUACGCAAGGAGCGACGCCCCUGUCUAUUCUUGGUGACGCUGUUGUUAUACGAAAUUGGCAAAUGUAUGGUUUACCCCGUGAUCCACUUUCCGUGGAGUCCGCAGUGCUGAUGUCCAACUCCAGAAGAUGGCCUCUCAUCAUCGAUCCUCAGACUCAAGCCAAUAAGUGGAUUCGUGCUAUGGGUAAAAUCGAAGGAAUAGUAGUAUGUAAACCAAAUGACAGAGAUUUACUCAGAAAUUUUGAGUCUGCGCUGAGGUUUGGCAAGCCAAUACUUUUAGAGAACGUUGGUCAAGAACUGGAUCCGGCACUGGAUCCAGUGUUAAAGCGACAAUAUUUCCGUCAAGCGGGUCAACUGGUUCUUAAAUUGGGAGACUCGUUGAUUCCGUAUACCGCUGGUUUUCGCCUUUACAUAACCACAAAACUGCCGAACCCUAAGUAUACUCCUGAGGUGUCCGUCAAAGUGCAGAUUGUCAACUUUGCACUGGUACCAAGUGGUUUAGCAGAACAACUCCUAUCAAUCGUAGUAGCCCAAGAACGUCCAGACUUAGAAGAACUACGAGGACAGCUUAUUGUAUCGAGAGCACAAUUAUCGACCCAACUAGCUGAAAUGCAAUCUGAUAUUCUAUACGGUCUAUCUAACAGUGAAGGUUCCCCAGUAGAUGAUCUGCCUCUAAUUCUCACUUUGGAAGCUAUUAAAAUAAAGAGUGCUGAAAUAUUGAUUAAAGUAGAAGAUAUAGAACGGACAUCUGCUGAAAUAGAUGAAGCCCGACAAGGUUACGUGCCUGUCGCCAAUCGUGGUCAAAUUUUAUUCUUCUGCUUAUCUGGCAUGGCCAACGUUGAUCCAAUGUACCAAUACUCCUUGGAAUGGUUUGUCAAACUGUUCAUACGGAGCAUGGCUGAAACGGAACCAAAUGACGAUAUAAUCGAAAGAGUCGAUAUAAUUAUUGAGCACUUCACGUUUCUCCUAUAUCAGAAUGUGUGCAGGAGUCUUUUCGAAAGACAUAAACUUCUCUUUGCGUUCCUACUUUGCGCUCGAAUUUUACUCGACAAAGGAACCAUACGACACCAAGAGUUUAACUUCCUUUUGAAUGGUGCUAAGAUUGAAGAGGAAUUUGAAAACCCAGAACCAAAGUGGAUAUCCCCAAAAAUGUGGCUAGAUAUGAUGCAGCUUGCCUCUCUGCCCACCAUGCAUCAGUUUGUCAUUGACUUCCCGCAACAGACGAAGUUCUUCAAAUCGUAUUACGACGCUUGGAAUCCACAUAAAUUACCAUAUCCGAAACCACUAGAUUCACAAUUGGACGCUUUUCAAAAAUUGCUUGUGCUAAAAUGUCUGCGACCGGAUAAACUUGUACCUGGACUUCAAGAUUACGUAGUGACAGGCCUAGGUGCAAGAUUCGUGGAACCGCAGCCGGCUGAUCUUGCCGCCUUGUUUGCUGAAUCGGAUCCUCUAGCACCUAUCAUAUUCGUGCUAUCGACAGGAACCGAUCCUGCUGCUGAUCUUUUAAAAUUCGCUGAUAAAAUGAAGAUGGGAAAACGUUUCGAAAGUAUCUCCUUGGGUCAAGGUCAAGGACCGCUGGCCGAAGCAAUGAUGAAGGUCGGCUGUGAUUUUGGUAACUGGGUAUUUUUCCAGAACUGCCAUCUGUCACCAUCAUGGAUGCCGGUACUCGAACUGAACGUUGAGCAGAUUGUACCGGAACAAGUUCAUAAGGAUUUCCGACUAUGGCUCACGUCCACACCUUCGCCAUUCUUUCCAGUGGCAUUGUUGCAGAAUGGCUACAAAAUGACAGUCGAGCCUCCGAGAGGGAUUAAAGCGAACUUAUUGAAGGCUUAUAUGAAUCAAGUACCCGAUUUUACAGACUAUAUUAAUUCAAGUGAUAGUAAAGUACCCAAUUUUAAGUGGUUACUCUUCUCGUUGUGUCUCUUCCAUGGUGUUGUUCUCGAGCGUCGUAAGUUUGGACCUCUCGGCUUCAACAUCCCUUAUGAGUUCACUGAUGGAGAUCUCCGCAUCUGCAUCUCACAACUUCACAUGUUCUUAACUGAAUAUACUGAAGUACCUUUAAGGAUGUUGACGUACACAGCCGGACAUAUUAAUUACGGAGGACGGGUAACAGAUGAUUGGGACAGGAGGUGCCUCUUGUGUCUUCUGUCUGAUUAUUACACAACCGCCGUCUUAAAUGAUCGCUGUAUUUUCGAUGAGAGUGGCGCUUAUAAACAGCAAGCGUCUUGGUUUACAAUUGAUGAUUAUACGCGAUACAUCCGCACACUUCCGUUAAACGACGACCCUUCCUUGUUCGGUCUUCACAGCAACGCCAAUAUCAGCUACGCGAUGUCUGAAACUACAACUUGUAUCAAUACUUUGAGCAAUUUACAACCGAAAGAAGUAAGCGGAGAAGGUGGUCUUACAGCUGAAGAGAUGACGGAGCGAGCUGCUAAAGAGAUACUUAAUGUAUUGCCACCGAUGCUGGAUCAGAAAUUCAUCGCGACUACGUAUCCUGUAUCUUACAAGGAAUCCUUAAAUACGGUACUAAUACAAGAAGCAAUACGAUAUAAUAAACUGUUAACAGUCAUUAACAGUUCGUUGAAAGACUUACAAAAGGCACUAAAAGGCCUGGUGGUUAUGUCCGAGGCGUUGGAGAGUAUGGCGGGUAGCUUGGCUCGUAACGGAGUACCAAAUAUGUGGAGCGCGAGGGCGUAUCCAUCUCUAAAACCACUCGCGGCAUGGGUAAAGGACUUAUGUCUUCGGGUGCAAUUCAUGCAGCAAUGGGCCGAGGGUGGGAUCCCGAAAGUGUUCUGGAUAUCCGGCUUCUACUUCCCUCAGGCUUUCCUCACGGGUGCUCUGCAGAACUACGCCAGGAAACACGUCAUUGCUAUCGAUACGGUCGCUUAUGCUUUUGAGGCUUUGCAAGGUCCUCCGCAAAAGAAACCGGACGACGGAUGCUGCGUAAGCGGUUUGUUUUUGGAGGGUGCUCGAUGGAAUUCAGCUGAUAUGGCGCUCGAAGAAAGUCGAGCUAAGGAAUUAUACACUGAAAUGGCUAUAAUCUACAUGAAGCCGGAACAAAAUCACCGUCUUGCGUCUGGUCUGUACGAGUGUCCGACAUACAAGACCCUGGUCCGAGCUGGUACCCUGUCUACUACAGGCCACUCAACCAACUACGUGAUGACCAUCGAAUUGACCACUCACAAGCCUCAAGGUCAUUGGAUAAAACGAGGCGUUGCACUGUUUUGCGCUUUGGAUUAUUGA